AUCAAAAUACAACUCUUCUUCUUGCUUAAGUUUUAGCGAUCGCAAAGCCUAAGAAUUGUCAAAAAUAUCGCCAAAAUGAAGUUAAACACACCAGAAAUAUCCUGGCAUGGAAAAGAGCCGGUUUUAAGCGUUGAUUUUUGUAAGAUCGGGUCGACAUUGAAGUUUGCUACGGCUGGCGCGGACAACGAUGUCAAGAUCUGGACGAUAUGUUAUGAUAAGAAAAGUGGUAGUAAAGUUGAGUUCAUCGCGAAUCUUUCGAGACACAACAAGGCUGUCAACGUGGUCCGUUUCUCUCCGAAUGAGGAGAUUUUAGCAUCAGGAGGUGAUGACUGUUGUGUCAUAUUAUGGAAAUUAAGUGUCAAUCAAGAACAAAGUGUUCCAGCAUUAAAGGACAGCGAUGACGAUAUUGAGAACAGAGARUCRUGGACAGCUAGUAAAGUACUUAGAGGGCAUAUUGAAGAUGUCUACGAUAUAGCCUGGUCACCUGAUGGCUCUCAACUUAUCUCAGGAUCUGUUGACAAUAGUGCUAUUAUCUGGGAUGUCACWAAAGGAACAAAACUGGCGAUUCUCAAAGAUCACAAACACUACAUCCAGGGAGUGUGCUGGGAUCCUCUUGGCCAAUAUGUAGUCACAAAUUCUAGUGACAGGAGCUGCAGGCUAUACAGUCCACUGUCAUAUCGCUGCUGUUACAAUAUCAAUAAAUUGUCUGGGUCAUCUAACAUGAAGUUAGCUGAAGGAGUUGAGUUAAAACAAUUGAAGAUGUUUCAUGAUGAGUCAUUGCUGUCGUUCUUCCGACGUCCAUCUUUUACUCCUGAUGGCUCUUUACUGAUCGUCCCUGCUGGUAGAAUUGAGAUGUCAAACCAAGUUUUAAACACUACGUAUGUAUUUACUAGAGGAUCGCCAAACAAACCUGUUCUUUACCUACCAAGUCCAAAGAAACCAACUGUUGCUGUCAGAUGUUGUCCUGUGCUAUUUDACUUGAGAACAAAAGACAAAGAAAUUGACAAGGAAAAUGAAGAGGAUAGUCCACCUCUUUUCCAGCUUCCAUAUCGUAUGGUUUUUGCUGUAGCCUCACUCAAUGCCAUCUACCUGUACGACACACAGCACACAGUUCCUUUUGGAUAUAUAUCCAAUAUUCACUACUCUGGAAUAACUGACGUCACAUGGAGCAAUGAUGGUUCCGUGCUUGUCGUGUGUUCGUCUGAUGGUUAUUGUUCAUGGGUAAACUUUGAAGAUGGUGAAAUUGGAACACCUUACAAAAUGACWGCCAAAGAAGUGCUUGAUACACCUGCUAACCAAUCAGCUAACAGUAUACCUAAUAUGGAAACACCAGAUAAUUCAGGCAAAACUACAAAACGAGUUGUCCUGACUCCUGUCCAGAAAAUGGAGGUUGUGGAAAAUCCAACUACACCAGAUAACGAGAUAACUGUAAAGAAAAGAGAUACGCCUUCAAUUCAGAAGUUUGCUGUUCCAGUUUCUCAAUUGACACAAAACAACACACCACCAAAGUCUAUUAAUAAGAUAACACCAAGGAGAGUUCAGUUGAUUACGCCUGAGCCUAAAAAUGACACCAGCACAAAGACAGCCCAGCAAAGUGACUCAAAUCUUGCCAACACAGCAACCAACAUGGUGAGUCAAGUCACCACUGCCUCAACAAAUCAGAGUACCAAACCAUCACAGCCAGAAGGACAACCCAGCCAUUCAAAACCAAGGAGAGUACAGCUGAUAUCCCAGACGAUGACAGGCCAGCCAUUGGCAAACAAGAGUCCUCAAGUUCAGUCAGUACUGGGUCCAUCAGAAUUUUGUUUUGCCACGUGA